UCAGACCAGUUGCACGGACUCCUUGGAUGAAAAGUGCCCGAGAGACGAACGGUCAGCUCUCUUUAAGAUGGAGAAAACAGAUGCUAAAGAGCAGCCCUCGCAGGCGGAUGAAGAGAAGGGCCCACCCAGGAGUCACCCUUACUCUGUGGAGACCCCGUAUGGCUUCCACCUGGACCUGGACUUCCUGAAGUAUGUGGAUGACAUCGAGAAAGGAAACACCAUUAAAAGGAUUCCUAUCCACCGAAGGGCCAAGCAGGCCAAGUUUAGUACUUUGCCUCGAAACUUCAGCCUUCCCGACAGCGGGGCUCGGCCUCAUGCUGCUCUUCCCCAUCCAAUCUGGUCCCCGGCCAUGCCGAGGAAGGUGUCGUUUGGGGUGGAGGAACCAGCCCAGCCAUUGCCCACCGACGCUUCGUCCCCAGCCCCAGCCCGUGGCAGUGAGAUGAGCUACCCCAGGAAGAUUCUGCUGGCCGAGGCUGCCAGGCCGUCAGAGGCCGCUCCCCCUGAGGAUGCUGAGCCCCUCUGUGGGAGUGGCCGGCCCCAGCUUUUGAGAGCGUCCAGCAUGCCAGCCACGCUGCCGCAGAGCAAGGCCCCCUGUGAGGAGGGCGGCCUCCCUUCAGCUCUGCCCCGCCCUCCUGCGCUCCCGCCACUGCACAGUGAAGGCAGUUUCUGCGAGGGCACCUUUGGCCCUGCAGGCGGAUUUGCAGAUCUCCACAACUCCAGCCCUCAAGGACCAGCCCAGCCCAGAGUCAGAGAGGUUGGAGACUUGGUGCCACAGAUUCCAGAGGGGGUCUGGGAGGGUGCUAAGCCCCAGGAGGGUAAAGAGGAGGCUGCAGAUCACCUCUCUUUCCCAGGCCCUUCAUUAUCCCAGAAUGCACUUGUAGAGGAUGCAGAAGGGGAACAUGAAACCAGAGAAGCAGAGGCGGUGGUCACUCCUGACUCUCCAACACCAAGCCCCCCGCCUCUACCAUCCCCCAUCCCUGAACAUGAACUCCCCCUAGAAGACAUUGAGCUCAACAUCAGCGAGAUCCCACCCCCGCCACCCGUAGAGGUUGCUGUGAGAAGCAUUGGCAUCCGGGUAACAGAGGAAAGCCUGGGCCUUGCCAGGGCAGCUCCCAGUACUAUCUCCAGCCUGAAGCAGCAGGUCACAGCCCUUGAGGGUGAACUGUCUGGCAGGAGUGAGGAGCUGGCCCAGACCAGAGCUGCCCUCCAACAGCAAAAAGAGGACAUCAAGGCCAGGGAGCAGCUGAUUCGAGAGCUGGAGUGCACGAUAACCCAACUAGAAGCGAAGCUGAACCAAGAGAAUGCCAAAGACACUCAGGGUCACAUCGACGCCAUGGUGAACACUGACCCUCUCCACGGACUCUUGAUGAGGGAGUCAUGUGACAAGAGCAUUGGGGUCAGUCUUCUGGGCUUGCCAGAAUCUGAAAGCUGGGAGGCCAGAGAAGGGGGAAAUGGUAUAUUAGGGCAAGGCAGCCUCAACCAGAGGGAUCAGAGCCCAGCAGAAUGUGUGCUAACACCCCAACUGUCACGACCCCAGGGACCCGAGGUGGACUUCACCGCCUCUUCACAAAGCUGCCUCUCCACUGAACUCAGGAUCGAAGAAGCAGAUUCUGAGCAGGAGGGCGGCCCUCCGGGAGGAGCCCGGGGGCUGGUUGGUGAUGCAGAAGGGUGUGCAUGGAGCAGCAGCAAACAGGCUCCUCCAGCUGCCACCGAGGAGGCCAGUCCAGGCCCCCCAGGAAAGGAGUGUCCGGAAAGGCCGCCAAGCUCGCCCACCGAUGUCACCAUUGGGCAAUACGUUAAGAAGAUCCAGGAGCUCCUGCAAGAGCAGUGGAAUUGCCUGGAGCACGGCUACCCGGAGCUGGCCAGCGCCAUCAGGCAGCCUGCGUCCAAGCUGAGCAGCAUCCAGAGCCAGCUGCUGAGCUCCCUCAACCUGCUGCUGUCAGCCUACUCCGCCCAGGCCCCGGCUCCAGAAGCCCCGGCCCCCUCCCCUGCGUCCCCACCGAGGGAGAUCUCCCCGUCGGCCAGCCUUAAAUCCAUAAUGAAAAAGAAAGACUAUGGCUUCCGUGCAGGAGGUAAUGGGACCAAAAAGAACCUUCACUUUGUUGGGGUUAACGGUGGCUAUGAGACCACGUCCAGCGAGGAGACCAGCGGUGAGGACAGCUCCCCCGAAGACCUGUCGGACAGCGAAGCUGAAAAGAAAUCCAACGGCCCUGAGCACAGGCGGGCCAAAGACACCCAACCCAGGUGCGAGGCCAGGCAGGGCGUCCCCGAGCACACCUGCGGUGCAGACCAGGACUGUCGGCCUGGGGAAGACGCCCCCCUCCCCAAGGCGGAGAGAUAUAAACCCUCUGAAGAAUUCCUGAAGGCCUGCCGGGCACUGAGCCAACAUUUGCCAGAAAUUGGGGCCACCACCGACAGACUCUUGAAGCAAAGCUUGAAUACCAUCAGUCAAGAGUGGUUCCGCGUCUCCAGCCGGAAGUCAUCUAGCCCUGCUAUGGUGGCCGCCUACCUCCACGGGAUCCAGCCCCACUCUCCCCACUUCCUAAAGCUGCUGGUCAACUUGGCUGAUGGCAACGGGAACACGGCCCUUCACUAUAGCGUGUCCCAUUCCAACUUCCCCGUCGUGAAGCUGCUGCUGGACACAGGCCUCUGCGAUGUGGACCAUCAGAACCAGGCUGGCUACACUGCCGUGAUGAUCACCCCCUUGGCUGCUGCCGAGACCAGUGAAGACAUGGCUGUUGUCUGGAAGCUCUUAAGAGAAGGAAAUGUGAACAUCCAAGCUUCUCAGGGAGGCCAGACGGCGCUGAUGCUGGGCGUGAGCCAUGACAGAGAGGACAUGGUCCAGGCACUGCUCAGCUGCCAGGCAGACAUCAACCUGCAGGACCAAGAAGGAUCCUCGGCCCUCAUGCUGGCCUGUCACCACAGCAACGCAGACAUGGUGCGGCUGCUUCUGGCACAUCCAGCUUGCAACAGCAGCCUGACGGACAAGGCGGGCCGCACAGCUUUGUCCAUCGUCCUGGAGGCCCCCGCCCAUGUGGAAAUUGCAGGGCUGCUGCAGGCCCACGCGGAGCAGGACAGGUCACUCGGGCCCUAGGGGCUCCAGGAAACAAAAGGCCCCUUCAUGUGGGCUCCUCUGACCCCCCUGGAGAGGGCAGGGAUCGUAGCCAGAGGGCCGCCCCUCCAGAGCAGGAACUAUGUCAAAUAUGCACCUCCAUUCCUGUUGUAUACUUUCGCUUAUUAGGAGGCUUUGUAGUGUUGCCCAAGGCCGAGCCCUGAACCGACAGGGGCUGCAGAGCUGGGAACAAGGUGCGGCGUGCAUCGGUGUCAUCUGCAGCGCCCGGACAUCUUCAGACUUGAAUUCCUCCAGACUGUACCCUCUGUCGUACCAAGUAGCAAGCUGGGCAGGCAGGAGCGGGUUAGAAAGCAAUACUUUUUACCUGGAAUUUUAAAGUGCACCGUCCUCUUUUGUUUGUCUUUUUCAUCCAUUAUAUACAAGUAUGUGACAUUGAAUAUGCAUGUCUAGAAAGGAUGGAGGAGGGGUAGAAGAAAUCAUUUUCUAGUAGACCCUGCGAAAAAAAUCCCAUGGUGGUGAAACGGAACAAGCCCCCUGGGGGGCUUGGUUAGAUGGGGUUGCUAGAGAAAUCUUGAGUUCAGAAAAGCGCACUGGCGUUAGGGCCAACUGUACAGUCUUGACCAUUUGGAGAAAGUGCCACGUGGACGUGUUCCUUUGAGAAAUCCAGGCCAGUGAAGCACGCCGCAAGGCCUGGACGCAGAGUCCGGUUCUAUCUGCUGUUCCAACGUGGCCCGCAAAACAAAUGAAGCCGUGAGCUGCUUUCUAGGGCUGAGGAACUGUCACCUGAAGCCACCGCCACACCCUCAUGGCAGUCCCUGGUCGUCACCUUCCACAGCACCCUGGAGCAACUAUCUACAAGGUCUGCAGUUCGAAACCACCAGGGGCUCCUCAGGAGAAAGACUGGGCUUUCUACUCCUGUAAAGAGUUCCAGUCUCAAACCCGCAGGGGGCAGUCAGUCUGCCCUGUCCUCUUGGGUCCCCACGAGUCGGCGUCGGCUCAACGGCGGUGUGUUAGGGGCACAUAGAUCCCAUGCCCGGUGUCUGAAUACUAGCUUUCUGGCCCGCCUGGCCGCAGUGGGAGUCUGGGACUAGACAGGGAAGGGAAGGGCUUGCCUUGGGCUUAUAUCUGGCCCCAUUGGAAAGUCUUCCUUAAACGUCCGUCUUCCCUGGGGUCCUGCUGGGCAUGGCUCAUAUCAGUAGCCCCCACAGCAUGUAGGAAUCUGUUCUUCAGCUCGCCUGUGGGAGGCCCCGUCUAGAAGCAAGUUUGGAGACCAAAGCUUGAGUCCUCUUCGUUGGCUGAGAUGCCGGCACGUCUGAGAACAGAAAUCAUCCCACGACUACCUGCUGGGGCUGGUGCCCAAGGAGGAGCUGCUGUAAUCCCGACAGGCCGGCCGUCCCGGAAAUCUUGAUGCCCCGUGAGCCUGAAGGCUCCAGCCCUGACACGUGCGAUGC